UCCCUAAUGACAAUAUUAAUAUGGGGACUCUCUCCUUAGUUCUUCUCAUAACUUCCUCACAAUCUGAUCAGAAACUGUCAUUCAACCCACCAAAAAAGUUUAUGAUCCUAAAAAAGCUAGGACAACACCAUAAACAUGUCUUCUCUCCAACAAACCUUCUCAUCCAAAUCCAGUUCGAACUUCAACGAGUUCCAAUGGGUUAUUCAAAUCCGAAAAACACUCGGGGAAGAGCUCGACGAUGAUAGCGAAAUCCCUGUUUCCGUUUUCAAUGUCCCAAAAACCCUUUUGGCCAGUGAUCCUGAUUCCUACACCCCACAAGAAGUUGCAGUUGGUCCUUACCAUUAUUUGCGUCCGGAGCUCUGCGAGAUGGAGAGGUACAAAGUGGCUGCAGCUAAAAGAACACAAAAGAAUCUCCAGUGCCUUAAGUUCCAAAAUCUUGUUGACCAAUUGAUAAACCUUGAGCCGCGGAUUCGUGCUUGCUACCACAAGUACCUGGAUUUCAAUGGUGAGACUCUAGGGUGGAUGAUGGCGAUUGAUGCAUCGUUCUUGCUAGAGAUGAUCCAACUCUAUGGAGCCAAAGAAGGGAAGAUUUUGACAAGAGUUUCCUCAAAGAUGUCACGCUUGGUUGACUAUUCCGGCAGGAACUCAGCACACCAUGCAAUUCUAAGGGACUUGGUAAUGCUCGAGAACCAAAUCCCACUAUUUGUGUUGAGAAAAAUGUUGGAGUUUCGAUUCCAAUCGUUGGAAACCGCCGACGAGAUGCUGCUUUCAAUGUUGAUGGGAUUGUGCAAAGAGCUUUCACCAUUCAAGAUGAAGGAUGAGGACCUACCAAUGAUCACAGUCUCAGAAUGUGCUCACUUGCUAGACUUUGUGUACCAAAUGAUCACCCCCAAACUAGAACGCCGGCCCUCUGAAAUUGUAGAAGAUGAGGAUCAAGGUGAAGGCACAGAAGAAGACAAGGAGUCAAAAUCUACGAAGAACCCGAAUUACGUUAAACAAUUUCUUGAGGAAGUAUGGACGCUGCUGUCGAAACUAAACAAAGGCCCGGUACGUCUCCUUAAAAAAAUACUCGUAUCCGGACCUAUUAAAGUGAUAUUUAAAUUGCCUUGGACAAUCCUCUCCAGCCUUCCUGGAUUUGCACUUUUGAAACAACCUGUUGCUUAUUUAUUCUCCUCCCAAGACAAAGAAGAAAUCAAACCGGAAAAUGAAAGUUCCGUCAACAAACCGCCAUUGGUAGAGGAGAUUACAAUCCCUUCUGCGUCUGAUCUUAUGGAAUCCGGGGUCCGUUUCGUGCCAACAAAGGGUUGCAUUUCAUCCAUCUCCUUUGAUCCCAAAACGGUCACACUUUACCUCCCCGCAACUAGCUUAGAUGUGAACACAGAGGUGAUCCUGAGAAACUUGGUAGCUUAUGAAGCAUCAAAUGCAUCAGGGCAGUUGGUUUUUACGCGCUACACUGAAAUGAUGAACGGGAUUAUAGACACGGAGGAGGACGCAAAGCUGCUUAGAGGAAAAGGUAUAAUUCUGAACCGUUUGAAGAGUGAUGAAGAAGUGGCCAAUCUGUUUAAUGGUAUGAGCAAGUCGAUUCGGUUGACGAAAGUGCCAUUCUUGGACCAGGCGAUUGAAGAUUUGAACAAGUAUUACAACGGUAGAUGGAAGGUUAAAAUGGCAAAAAUUUUCAAGGUUUAUGUGGUUGGUUGCUGGCCAAUUCUUGCUUUGCUGGCUGCCGUUUUUCUCUUGCUAUUGAUGGCAUUGCAAGCGUUUUGCUCAGUUUAUAGCUGCGGUCGCAUAUUUCACAUCAACACCACCACUACUACUUAGUGAUGAUGCUUAAUUAGUGUUUUUUUUUUGUGUGCUCAAUUAGUUAGUUAUAUCUUAGUCCCUUCUAUUUUUGCUAAUCGAUCACCUCUUGAUUUGAUUUUUCUGGCUAAAGAAAAGGAUAUGGCUGGGUUUGCCUUCUUACUGUACUUCGUUAUGCUUUCUAUGGUGGAUUUGCAAUUAAUCAAAUGAUUGUAUGGUGCUUAUUUCCCUAAUGGGUUUGAUUCUUUCUUUUCAUUUUUAAUCGAUCGAAUUAGUGGUUGUAAAUUUGUAAUGAUGAUAAGGGACAUGAUUGUUCCGAUUGUAUGUCAAUGGUGCGAUAUAUUAUCUAUA